AAACUAAGGAUAAACAAACUUGAUCCAAAAUUGUAAAUCUCUUUUUUCCUUCACUCUCGUCAGUGCAACCCUAAACAGAAUUUUGAAUAAUCAAAAUCCACUGCCCACUGUCUCCGUCAACUCUUCAAAUCUCAAUUCCACUUCCUUCCUUUGUUGCCGUCGCGAUCCUCUCUAAUCGCAGCUCCGAACUUCGCGAAUCGCUGAGCUGUGAACGCGCUUCAUCUGUCUCUGCGAUUCCUCAAGGAGUUAUAUAAUUAAUGACUUGACGCUCAUUACACAGGAUUCAAAUUUGCUCUCUGUUUCUCCUAGAUUUUUCUUUACCCUCCAUGGCAUAUCCCUUCUCAGAUUUCAAGUACUCUGACGGCCUCACUGUAGUGGGUAUCUCCUUCUGUACAGCUAUUGUCUGUGAAGCCAUCUCAUGGAUUCUUAUUUACCGCACCAAUUCUUACAAGAAUCUCCGGUCCUCCAUUGACAAAGCAUCCAAGAAACUCGAGACUAUGAAGACCGACAGCAACAAAAUCACCAUUAAGAAGUCCAAGACUAAAAAAAUCGACCGUGUUGAGACAAGCCUCAAAGAAUCUAGUCGUGACUUGUCUCUCUUCAAGUUCAAAUCAGGGGGUGUGGUUGCUCUUGUUCUCUUUGUGGUAUUUGGACUGCUAAAUUCACUCUUCGAAGGCAAGGUAGUUGCCAAAUUGCCGUUCCAGCCUUUUGGGCUUGUUAUGAAGAUGAGCCAUCGUGGGUUGCAAGGUAAUGAUCCCACUGAUUGUUCCAUGGCAUUUCUAUACUUCUUGUGUUCCAUUAGUAUCAGAACAAAUUUGCAGAAGUUCUUGGGUUUUGCACCGCCAAGGGGUGCAGGUGCUGGUCUCUUUCCAAUGCCAGACCCCAAGACCAGUUGAUCUAGCUCUGUUAUGUUAGCAUUUUAUCUCGCUAUUUCUAGGUUGAUGUUAAACUGGAACUGCAUAACUUUAUUCGGUUCUCUUAGGGAGACCAACAUGAUUUUAAUUGUUUUAACUGAGACUGAAGUAGUCGACUGCAGUUUUAUGAUGGUUAUUUGCUUGUUUUUUUAAGUACAAUAAAGAGUUUCUUUGCUUGUCAA